UAUCGUGUUGGCAGUACAAUUGAAUGUUUUGUCCGUUUGAAAAAGACGUGAAAGUUUUUGUGUUGAGAAAGUCAGAAAAAUCAGCUUUUUGAGUAUUUCCCCUUAUAAUUAUUUGUUAAAAUUACCAAAAUGCAUAGAAAUAAACUUGAAGAGUUGCAGAGAAACAUUUACUACUCUGAUAAAUAUUACGACGAGGAGUAUGAGUAUCGACACGUCGUUUUGCCUAAAGAAAUGGUUAAAAUGGUGCCCAAAACUCAUCUGAUGUCAGAAGAGGAAUGGCGAGGCAUUGGAGUACAACAAAGUAAGGGCUGGGUGCAUUACAUGACACAUUCUCCAGAACCGCACAUUUUGUUGUUUAAACGACCAAUAACAACACCACCAACCCGAAAUGGGAAUUAAGUGCACAAAAAUAAUGUCUCUGUUUGUCUGUUAUUUUUACAUUACCCACGUGAAUAGAAUUUUUAUAGCAUGUCGGUAAUGUUACCUUUCAUUAGGGUCACUAUUUUGGUCCAGUGGAAUUUCAAGGCUGUAAUUUUAGCAGUUUAUUUUUUUAUCAAGCUUGAGAGCUGUUUCCUAUAGUGUAUUGUAAUCAUUAACAUGUCAUGUUUUAAGUGUUACAUUUUCAUUACCAAUAUAGUUUUUGUAAAUUA